GUCUAUAUAGCUUGAAAAAUGACUGUGCUGCCACUUCUUACAUGCAAUUUGCUGCCAUUUAACCUUAGAUCUGUGCAUAUGGCACUUGCAGGCUUAAGAUCUAAUGUUGGAAAAAGGCACGCUGCCACUUAUUCUGAUAAGUUUAUAAUAUGGACUCAAGGAAAAGAAGAGAGGGGUAUUUUUUUCUGAUAGCAUUUCCCAAAAUUGUACUGGACGCCUCUUAAUUGAUUUUGUGCCUCACAAUUGUGUUAUUCUUUCUUCCAUUUCUUCUUCCAAUUUUCAGUGCUACACUUUUUCUCAGCUAAGAUGAUGUUCUCUUCACUCACUAGUUUCUUGAAAAUAGAUGUACAUAGAGUAAGAGCAUCCUUCUUUACAGCACCUGAUUUGUCUUCUACAUGAAAGCAUCUUCCUCAGUGCCAAGCAUUUACUUGAUAUAGUUCAAGUUUGAAUUAACUGUUGCCAGGUUUGUUGUAAAGCAAGACACAGGCAUUUAAUUGGAAGACAUAAUUAAUAAAGACAUGUAUUACCAGUUACUUUUUAAUCAGCAGUAAUAAAAUUACAUUGCCAAAGUUGCUUGGGGGAAGACGUUAUUGCAAAUUGUAUUAAAUACAUGGAAAUGCUUACGUUGUUAAAGAAUUUCAGUGCCAUGUUUUAUUAUAUAGAGAUUGUGUUAUAAAUAAUGCAUAGAGAUACAUAAAGGAGGGUGCUUUUAGAAAUACCUGGUAUUAUAUUAUCUGAUCUUUAAUACUUUUUUUUUUUUCCUAUGCUGCUGAUGUGAAUCUGAAUUAGCAGUACCACCUUCAUUGUUUUCACAUUCCCGGCUAUAAUAGAGUAUUAAGCAUCACCUGCAAAUAAAUAUGGUAUCCACAGUGUAGACUAACCAGAGAGCAGUAAAGGAUAGAGAUAGCACUCUUUGAUUUCAACAUAUCACUUGAAGAGUGUGAAUUUAUUUUAGUCUGUGUUUUGCAUGUAUGAUUGCACAAUGCCACAGUUCACAAGUACUUAAGAUAUCUGGAUAUCCUGCAAUAUAAAUAUCAAUACUAUUUUGUUGAGCUGAUUUUUAACACUUUGGCUUUGUUUUUACUCUGAGCACCGUACCACGAGGUUCAUCUUACAGGCAGUCAGUGUUAUUUUACAUUUUAGUCUCAAAUGUAUUUGAAUUUAUCUUACAAAAUAAAUUCCAGCUUCCAGUAGUAGUAAUAUACAAAUAGUCAACUGUAAGUACAGUACUUAAAGCAGUGUAUCAUCAGUGCUCGGUGCACUCAGUUGCAUGCACUUUCUGAAACUGUCUGAUAAAUCCAGAACAGCAAGUCUGAGCGUGUAGUCAUUUGUCACUGGGAGUCUAAUGUUAGUACUGACUUAGGAUUGACUUCUCUCCCGAUUUGGCCUUCUCCCUAUGACCUCAGAUCUGCAGCUAUUUCAGCUGACAUUUGAUAUUAAAACUUGGGCACAAACGCUUCUGACCCUUCUCCAUUCUGCACACCCCUGGAGCUGUGCCAAGCCCUGGUUUUGGUGCCUAGAACAGCGUUUUCAAGACCUCCGCACAAGGGCUCCUGGCAUGUGGGACUUGCAAAACAUUCCCCAAAGUUUGCGUGAGCCCUCGCAGCUGUUCCUGCGGAGAGCCUGACAACUUCCAUGGUUCGCCCCAGACCGGUUAAGGCCGAACGUGAGGAGGGUUCUGCGGCUCCUCACAGAUCCCCGACCCCGAGCCGCCGGCGCCCGCUGGAACCGGGCCGCGAGCUGAAGCCGCCCCGGGCGUUACCCGCUUGUCUGUUACGGCCAGAAGAGCCCGCCUCCCGCUGAACGCCUCCGACAGCGAUUGGCUUGCAGGGGGCUCGCUCGAAGGCAGCGAUUGGCUCGCGGACAGUGGGGCUGGGAGUGAUUGGCCGGCGGGAAAUGGCGGGCUUUUCCCCCUGUGGCGGUGAGCUGAGUAGAUGAACUGCCAAAAUGGCAGCCAGGAAUGAGACUCAGUUUGAAAAGUUAAUCGAUGAAGCUACAAGAAGAAAAGAUUUUGAAUUGCUAGAACAAUAUCUGGAAACAGAAGAGUGUGAAAAUGUUUCUCACAAAUGCAGCAAACAGUUUGUCAACAAACUAGACAAGCUUCUGUGUCAGGAGCUUGACAAACAAGAAUUCAAAACUAUUUCAACUUUACUAAAUUCUCUUUGGAAAUGUGGGGAAAAAAUCAGCAUAGCCGGCGAAGAUGGGCUCCCAGCAAUGAUAAAAUAUGGUCUUAUUGGAAAGAUAAGUAUAACCAUAAACCAUACAGGAACUUCUGAAAAAAUAUUAAUGAAGUAAUAUUUUAAUACUAUGUACAAUACAAAAUACAUAAGUAAUGCUUCAGUAUUGAACAGCUUAGUAUUCAAUUUAGGCUUUGAUUACCUUCUGAAUUGAGAAUUUCUUAUAAUUUCACAAUAAACAUUACUCAUUAAAAUGUUUUUAGACAACCAGGUCCUUGUAAAGUGAUACUGCUCUAUUAAAGUGGAAGUUUGGCAAAUUAUGCAAUAUAUAAUUACUUGCGAUAAUGUUUUUGAGUCAGGAAUUGUAAUUUUCUCAUGCAAUUUAGUUUUUUUUUUGGUGAAUACAACAAUAAUAUUGUAUCUGUUCUUUCAACAGAUUAUAGUCCUAUUCUGAUUAUUUUCUGUUAUUUAAAUGUGUACGGUAAAUAACUUAGGCAUUUGUAACUCAGUAUAUUAAAUAUACUUUGUAACUCAGUAUAUUAAAUAUACUGAAAAAAAAGAAAACCACCACUUCCUUAAUGCUUUAAUCAGAGAGUUCACUGAAGAAAGUUAAUGGCAAUGUCAGAAAGUGACUCUUAUUCAAUUGCCUACUGCUUUUUCCAGAAAAGUGGCAGUAACUUCCUGCUUCUGCUCACACCUGCAAACACUUUUUCAAUCAACCACCAUCCAUUGUUGGCUGUUUUGUCUUGUGACAGCAGUUGCAAAAGUAGAUCUCCAGGUUUUGUGUUAGAAAGCCACAGAAAUGACUUACUAACAGAUUUCAGGACUGAAACAACCUGAGUGUGAAAUUUCAGUCACUCUAAAGUGUGCUCAGGAUGGUAACUGUUGUUGUUGUUAUUUUAACCUUUGUAUAGUUUGUUUAAUUUUGUGUAAGUAUAAUACAAACUUGUCCUUUUUCAUGCAAUUAAAAUACCUUUGCUUUUAUUUUCUCUUUACAUGGUUAAUUGGUUUGAAAAGGUAAAAGGAAUUUUGAUCCUUAGAGGAAAUGAAAAUAAUAAAACCCUUACAACUCUGGCUGAAGAUUUCUUCAACGUAUUGCUGGCUGUAUAUGAUAGCAGACCUGAAGGUAAAAUGCAAAUGUUAGAAAAUUUUGUUUUGAGAACAUGUACCCUCAUUGCGGAUGUAAGAAUUAGUAUUUAUGUCCAGCAGGAGGUAGUAAGAAAACUUAAUUUAAUGCUUGACAACAUGCCUCGAGAUGCCAGGAAAAAGAUAUUUUCUACAAAGGAAAUGCUGCCUGUCAUGAGUGACAUGGGUAGGAGAAUUUUGGAUGCUGGAGACUAUGAUCUGCAAGUAGCCAUUACAGAAGCUUUAUGCAGAAUGAUACCUGAGAAACAAAGAAGGGAACUGGCAUGCCAAUGGUUUUCCAUGGAGUUUGUGUCCAAUGCAUUUAAAGGAAUUAAAGAUUCGGAGUUUGAAACAGACUGCAGAAAAUUUCUUAACCAGGUGAAUGGCAUGCUUGGAGACAAAAGAAGGGUUUUUACAUAUCCGUGCUUAUCAGCAGCUCUUGAUAAAUAUGAGCUACAGAUACCAUUAGAUGAAAAUCUUGAAGAAUUUUGGAUUGAUUUCAACAUUGGUAGUAGAAGUAUAUCUUUCUAUGUGGCAGCAGAUAAUGCAGAUCAUCAAUGGGAAACAGUCAUUAUACCAGAGGAAGAGGUAGUCCUGUACAACCUCGAAGAAAAAGAUUCAAAAAAAUUAUUAACGAUAGAUCUAAAAAGCCCGAUGAAUGUGGGUAAUCAAGAAGGAGAGAAAAUUUUUUUAAAUUUUGAUUCUAUCUUGGAAAUCAAAGAUGUAACCGGAAAGGUUUAUGGAUUAAGUAAAUGUAAGGUUCUGGUACCAGAAAGUCAGUUUUCACCACAUUUGGAAGAAAAAUCUGAAGAGGAGAAACUCAGUAAGUACAAAUCACAGCAACUUCCAGGGACACAAAGGACUCUUUGCACAAACAACAACCAAGAUAAACACAAAGGUAGUUCCUCCAAGAUAACCACAUCUUGUAAAAGGAAAGUGUCUGAAGCAUCAGUGCUUAUUCCUGGAACUACAAGAUUUCCCAUGCGGAGCCCACUGCUAUUCGUUAGUACAUCUACUCCUUGUAAAGGACGAUUUAAAUUACCUUUGAAAAUGAUGAGUUCUGCUGACAGGUCUAACAGUAAUGACAUAAAUGAGACCAGAACAAAAAAUGUCUAUAAAGAACCUACUGGAAAUGGGCAAAGACAUGUAUCAGAUAAUGAAUUUUUUGAAACAGAACAGAAUGUCAGGAAGUCAAAAAUCAGAGACGAGACAAAACUACCUGAAAAGGGAAAAUGUUAUGAAGAAGUUUUAAAAAACAUAGAAGAGGCAGAAAAUGGGGCCACCAGAAAGCAAGCCUUAGAUGAUGCACUAGAUAUUGUUCCUGAUUCUCAGCCAACAGGGAGAAGCAACAAACAUCUACUGCCUGGUCUUUUGGAAAGUUCUUCUGAUAAAAAAAGAACAUGGAAAAAAAGAGCGUGUUCUGUUCCUGAGAAUAAUAUAACAACUGGUAGCACGCAAAAGCUAAAUCUGUCAUCAGGACCUACAUCCCAUACAGGUUUUAACGAAAGAGAUGUGAAACAAAAUGUUUUUUAUUCAAUUUGUGGAAAUACCUUUCCAGAUAAACAAAUAAAUACAAAUAGAGAAAAACAGCAGCAAAAUGGAAUUCAAAUCACGAGGGAAGAAAACUGCAAAAUACUGAGUGGACAGUCAAAGAGUAUUAAUAAUUUGGAACUGAAACAGUUGAGUACAGAAAUUAAAAAUAUUUCAACUACUGCUGAAACAUUUAAAACAUUUCUUUCAGCUAGAGUGUCAGAAACAUCUUUGCAUUCUGAUUUUACAAAAUACAGCAAUACAGAAGAAGAAGCUGAUGUUCUCUCAGGAAAAGAGACUACAAAUAGUAAACAGUCGAAAAUGAAAACAAAGUCUAAAGAAAUGACAGAUGCAACAAAAUCACUAAUUAGUAAAAUCAGUGACAGAUAUAAAGAAAAGACUAAUGAGAAAAGCAAAACAAGAGACUCCUCAGGUUUCAACAGACCAUGUUUAAGUAAAUCUUGUUUCAGUGUUAAUAAGGAAAAAGUGCAGAAUAGAAGCUUAAAAACUACUACUUUCCUUGAUACAACUUCUGGUCAUACUGUGGAUGAUGUCUACAACUUUAACAUCAGUGGGUUUGAUGAGCCUACAAUAAAGAUCCAAGACUGUCAUGUUAAAGAACAGAACGUUCGUACAGAUCCAAAGAAAAAAGGGAAUCCAGAUGAAAUUAAAACUAGCACUGAAAUGAAAGCAGGAAAAAAAACUAGAAACAAUCGGGACAAGAAGCAUCUCUUCAGUGACACAGACACAGAAUACAGAGGUGAUGACAGCAAGACAGACAUCAGCUGGCUACAAGAAUCAAAAUCUAAACCCCAGUUAAUCGAUUAUAGUAGAAAUAAAAACUUAGGGAAAUCAAUAAUCGCAGGCAAAAAUAAAUUCUCUGAACCUGCUUGCCGGAUGGAUACAUCUAAAGGCAAAACAGCAAAAAAGAAAAAGGAAACUGAACGUAAAAAACAAGCUCCAAGACAAGACAACAUGAUAGAACAAACCUAUAGAACAAAACGACCUCGAAAAGCAGCAUUAGCAAAAAAUUACAAAGAGCCUUCCAGCUCAGAGGAGUCAGAGAGUGAAAGGGAGUAUUCAGCAUGUACCUCUAAGAAGGAGAAAUCAAAAAUACAGAAACCUAUGAAUGAGGAAAACAGAGAUCGUGAUCAGCAGAAGAAAUUCCAGAAUACUGUAUCUUUGGAGCCAAAGAUAGUAGUAGACUAUGUAAAUAAAGCAUAUAUUAAAUCAAAGAACUUUGAUGAAGAAAAGGAAAUUGAAAUGUCAUUACCUGAGAGUCCAGCAUCUCUUGAGACAAUGAGAGGUGCUGAGAGAUUAUCAGAGGGAGAUGUUACUCAAGAGCAUAUUUCUAUUGAAGGAUCACCAGGUCUUCAGGAGUCAACACCAAAAAACGAGGAAACAUUAAACUUUGGGAAAGGAAUCUCUCCUAAUAAUCUCUGUCCACAAAAUAAGAGUUUUCAAAACAUGUGUCUAAAUCAGUCCCCUGAAAUGACUGUUAAAAAGUUAACAGUUGGAAAUAAAAGUUUCUCGCCAGUUAUGACUGCAUCAUCUUUGCUCAACUUAACUCCAGUAACCCCAUAUAAAACUGUCAGUGGAAAACAUACAAAGGAAUCUGUAUCUGAAACAUGUGAUGCUAAUGAAAAUUUGAGUUUUGGACAUGGCUUUUCAGAUAAACUUUCUGUUGAAGGAAAGCUACAAGAUAUCACUAAACCUAUCAUCAAAAAUAAAAGAGAGGAACCAUCUCCAUUGUCUGUUUCCAGUGGAAGUAAAAUACAGUCUUGGAGUCAAGAAUGUUAUGGCCCUGUGCAUGAGUCAGGACCAACUAUACAUACAUUUCUGAAACGAAGGUACCAGAGUGAUACAGAAAGCCAUUCUGAUGAAGUAGAAACAAGCAAAAAGGAGGAAAAGAAAAGAACCAGAAGAACAAAGUUGCAGCCUAAAAAAUUAUUUAAAAAGGAUGACACGGUUACUUACAGAGUGUCUGAAAGCUUAUCUACUGCAUCUGUUUUGGGUGAGAAUGUCUGGGAACCUGGUUAUUCAACUCUAAGUAUGUGUCAGAAGUUCCAGAAAGAAUUUACUAAGAAAAUGGAGAGCCGUUCACAAAAAAUGGAUCAUUUUACAAAGCAAUCAUUAAGAGCUGCCCACCAGCAUUUAGCAACAAUGAAUUACCAGCUUCACGAAUGCAGGAUUAGACAGCUGGACAAAUUUCAUUUAGUUAUCCUUGAGGAAAUUGAAAAUUUUGAGAAAGAUUCUCAGUCCCUGAAAAACAUGGAAAAAGAAUUCUUGGCCUUUUGGAAAAAACAGAAGCAGACUUUAAGUACGUACCUGAAAAAUGAGCAACAGAGAUUUCAGAUCCUUAAAACAUCAUUUGAAAAGAACAUCUACCGUACCGUUGACUAUGAAGAACGUAUUUUUACUUCACAGAUGCAUCUUAUGAAAGAAGACAUGAAAGGACUCCAAGAGAAAUUUCUUAAAGAAAUGCAAGAAGAGGAACUGAUUAAUGUUCGCAGAGGAUUGCAGACAUUGUUUCUAUCAGAAGACCGAGAAUUCUAAAGUAAUAUUUUCAGACACUUUCCUGAAAUUUAAGCUGAAUAUAAAGUCAUUUUAAUGUAAAAUUUGACAACUAGAUUUAUUUAUUUUACAUAAGGAAAUAAUUGUAAUGAAAGUAUAUUUUCCUUAGUAAGAUUAAAGUCUUUUGAAUAAGACAUCUUUUAUUAGAGAGAUUUGGAAUUAUUUCACUGAAUAUGCUAAAAUGCAGUAUGUAAAUUUUUGGAUUUUUAGCAUAUGCUAUUUUGAAGAAGUCUUUAUUAACAUUUGUAUAGGUUAUUUAACUGACUUUUAGAGAAAUCACUUCAAAUUUCAUUUCAAAUCUAUGUUUUUGCUCUGUGUGUACAGAAUAUUUCUUUUGUCUGAUGCAGAAUACAGGCAAAUUAUUUAGGGUUCAAAUAGCAUGUGCUAAUCUCAGUCCUAUUCAUCUGUGAUACUUGAUUUCAGUAGAAGUUUCUACCAGAAAAUGACUGUAAACAUUUAUGGUUGAACUAAGUUGCAGAUAUUUGUAUUAAAUAUUUCAAUAAAAAUAUAUGCCGUCUGUCUUGUUUUUACAAAAUGGUGUUGUUACCAUUCUGCUUUAAAGUAGCAAUACUUUUUGCAUUUCAGUCACAGAAAACGUUGCUGAGCAAAUAUUUUGUGUUGGAUAAUAGUAAGAGGGUGUACUGCCUAUAGCUCAGAAAUGUCCUAUAUACUCAUAUUGUCUGUUCCAUGUGCAUAGGACAUCUUCUGAAAUCUAUGUCAUC